AUGGCUCCGAUUCGCCCGAUCAAAAAGACAGUCACCACCACCUCCGGUGGAAAAGGUGCCGUUCCAUCCACCAAGUCGGCCUAUCUCGAAGACGACUUUCGAACAACAAAAAGAGAUAAGCGUUUGAUCAAACAUGCCAGCUUUGUAUCGAAAAUUGAAAAGAGCUCCAAAAAGGCCCCUAGGCGGCGUCGCGCAUCAAGGAAGCUCGUUGCCAAUCUCGAGUCACUUGCCGAUGCACUGCCUGAAACAGAAACGGAAAUGAAUGAUCCCAGCAAUCAAGUGAACAUCAUCAAGCAGAAAACUUUGCAACAUAAGCCAGGUGCGAUGAAGCGCAGACAGAAGCUGGAGAAGCUGGAACGGGAUCGAUUCGCGAAGAAUAUGGCUCAGAUGUCGAGCAUUCAAACGAAUGUGCAACCCGAAGCAGAGCCCAAGAAUGAAACCAACUCCACUUCGAAUCGGUGGUCAGCAUUGCGAAACUUUAUCUCACAGACCAUGGAGCAGCAGCCCGCUUUCAAGGCGAAACCAUGA